UUCCAUUCGUUUUCUUCUCCCUCUCCCUCCGUCUCUUCCCUCUUCUGCACCCGUGUAAAGAGUAAUAGCGUCCUUCGUAGUGAUGGAUAGUGUGUGUGAGAAGCGUGGGAGAGGAAGAAAAAGUGUGUGUGGACAGGCUCAUAGCGCGUGUCCUGUUAUGCAUCUGCCUGGCAUUGAAGUACCUCACUGGCCAUUCGCUAGUACCGUUUCUCCAAAUUAUGGAGGUCUUAGAAGUACUCUCUUGCGUUCAGACAAGCCCAAAUCAUCGCAUAAAAUUAGGGACAGAUACUUUCUCCUUGGCACAGAUCAUUCGGCAGAAUACUUGGUUCGGUACCUUUCUGGCCCCAGAUUAUUUCAAGCUGGCGACGUUGCCUGGACCAACCCAUUACCAAUGAACUACAGCUGUACGAGGCAGGAGCGAGGGAGGGGGUGGGGGCAAAGAUCAGGAUGGGUCUUCCCCUUCUGGGUUCAGGUAGAAAGCCACUGCAAAUUUCUUCCCUCCUCGUUGGCCUCGAUGAGGGCAAGCGCCAAAAGGAGCAUCCACAUCCUCUGGAGAAAUAUGCCAAUCAUCUCCUCUCUCUGACUCUCUGACACGUCGAAAUUACGGAGGAAGUACGGAGUACCUAACCUUAGGAACAUCCAGACUACGAGUCACAGACUCUACAGGAAUACUCUUUUACGGCCCUUUUCUUCUCCCGCCCGCCAGGCCUCUCCCAAACAAAUUCCUCUCCCCGGCCACCCUUUCCUUUCAUUUUACCUACCGACCAAAGCCGCUCAGCCGAAGGGCAGUGCUCUUUUGAGACGGCAUCCUUUACGCGGCGGAUGCUUUUUCUGGCUCUCAGACAACAUAAGGAGAAUUUAUUACGGAGGUAUAUAUUAUAACUCUGUACUUCCCGCAUUAUUAGUGGAUCCUGUUUCUCAAGAGUAGGGCUUGUCAUCUUUGUUUGCCCCACAGCCUCAUAGCUUCAAUUCCGU